AACGUACGCAAGGCGCGCUUUAAAAUCUCUCUCUCUCUCUUUCACGCGUUCUUUUUCACUCUGUUAUACGUGCGAGUUAUCCUUACGAGUUUACGCCAUUUUGGUUUUAUAUGGCGCGCGUUUUGUGUUGAAGCAGCAACAUUUGAAUUUUUCUACAAUAAAAGUGCAAAAAUCAACGCCGUUUUUUAAUGCGUGAGUGUACGUGUGUGUGCGUGUGUGUGUGUGUGUGUGUAUAAAAUAAAAAUAAAAUAUGCGCCGCAUACAGUUUAAUAUUCAAAUUUCAUUUGAAAUUACUGCACGCAUUUAAAUAAUUGCAAAGCGCGCACAAGUGUAAAAACGUGAAAAUUUACUGAAUACAAAGAAAAAAGAAUAUCAAUAAAAGAAAAAGAUAAAUAAAAAGAAAGAAACUGGCACAUCUAAUAGGAUUACGACGCCGUCUGACAGUUGCCGGAUUAACAACAACGAACAACUCAAAUAGGAAACGGCAAAGCUUCUGCUUGUGGGAAGAUUAACUGACUACGAGUACAACAACAACAAUAACAACAAUAACAAGAACCACAACCACCGAUUCCGCUUGCGUCAUGUGCUCAGCGUAGCAGGCAGUGGAUGCCCCGCAAUGUGGACCUAUAUGAUGGCUGCCGCCCGCGGAGAUCGGGUCAACACAAUGAUGUCGAACAGACGCCGCCCCGAAACCGAGUCCCCCAAAUACGGCUACAACCUUUCCCGUCCCAUGUACCGCACCACGCGCUUUGCUGGCGCCGCUGCCUCGGCCCCGUUGCCCUUUGGGGGCAGCAGCUCCAGUUCCAGUUGCAACACAGCGGCUCAACAGUUGCCCAUGCCACACGAGGAGCUGGAGAUCAGCGGCGGCUUAUAUGCACCGUUCCAGCCAACGACUUCCAUGAGUUCCACGGAGGGAGUUUGUCUUCCCCGCAAGCAUUUAAUUGCCAACCAGACGACGAUGUUAUCCGAUCCGGAGGAGCAUCAAUUGCAUUAUCCACGCAGCUGGCAGCGUAGAAAUCAUCGCAUAGAACUAGACGAUGAUGAUGACGACUUUGAUGAUGAUGAUGAUGAUGAUGUGCAGCAGCAGGCGGCAGCUAAUGAUCAUGUUGAUGAUAAUGAUGAAUGUAAAAACAGUCAGGAAGAGGCAAUUGCUCCAGCUGAAAAGCAACAACAACAACAACCACGUGCCAACGAUGUUAACUAUCUGGAGAAUGGCAGAAAACUGAUACAAGAGCCCAAUAAAAGGAGCAAACCUUCGGCAUUGAGUAGAACUCUUCAGGCAUUGCGACAACGUCUGACGAAACGGAAUCGGGCCAAGCCACCCGAUUGGUUCCUCGAGAAGUUCUCCAACACGACCAACACGGAUAAGAUUGGCAAAUCUCCUGGCAUGGAUGAUGCGGCAUUAUCAAGCGAAAUACGUGGCACAAGCGUCCUUUGCAACCGUCUCUCCGUUGACCCAACACUGCAAUCCCAUUACAGGUGGCUUGCUGUGGUAUCUUUGGCGGUGCUUUACAACAUCAUCUUCGUGGUGGGUCGCUCUGUUUUCUGGGAGAUUAACAAGAAUGCUCCCGCUGUUUGGUAUACCCUGGAUUAUCUAUGCGAUUUCAUUUAUCUGCUGGAUACGCUGGUGCACAUGCAUGAGGGUUUCUUGGACCAGGGUCUGUUGGUGCGAGAUGCAUUUCGGUUGCGUCGUCAUUAUUUCCACACCAAGGGCUGGUAUCUGGACGUGCUGUCGAUGCUGCCCACAGAUCUGGCCUACAUCUGGUGGCCACCGGAAACCUGCUCCAGUUUAUAUCUGCCCUGUCCGGUGAUUGUCCGUCUGAAUCGCCUGCUGCGUCUGCCACGUCUGUGGGAAUGGUUCGAUCGGACGGAGACAGCAACUGGAUACCCGAAUGCCUUUCGUAUCUGCAAAGUGGUGCUGGCAAUUCUGGUGCUGAUCCAUUGGAAUGCCUGCAUGUAUUUUGCCAUCAGCUAUGAGAUUGGUUUCAGCUCCGAUUCGUGGGUCUACAAUUUAAAUGGAACGCGCAACAAUACGUUGCAACGCCAAUAUAUCUAUAGCUUCUAUUGGUCCACGCUGACGUUGACGACAAUUGGCGAGACGCCGACGCCAGAGAAUGAUGUGGAAUAUCUAUUUGUGGUUGCCGACUUUCUCGCCGGCGUUCUCAUCUUUGCCACCAUUGUGGGUAACAUUGGCUCGAUGAUUUCGAACAUGAAUGUGGCCCGCGUGGAGUUCCAGAACCGCAUGGAUGGCGUCAAGCAGUACAUGGCCUUCCGACGAGUGGGCCACGAGCUGGAGGCGCGGGUGAUUCGCUGGUUCGCCUACACCUGGUCCCAGAGUGGCGCCCUGGAUGAGGAGCGUGUGCUGGCCGCCUUGCCGGAUAAGCUGAAGGCGGAGAUUGCCAUACAGGUGCACAUGGAUACGUUGAAGCAGGUGCGCAUCUUCCAUGACACGGAGCCGGGUCUGCUCGAGGCGCUGGUGUUAAAGCUAAAGCUGCAAGUGUUCAGCCCUGGUGAUUACAUUUGCCGCAAGGGCGACGUCGGCAAGGAGAUGUACAUUGUGAAGCGGGGCAAGUUGUCUGUCGUCGGGGAUGAUGGCAUCACCGUCUUGGCCACCCUCGGAGCUGGCUCGGUUUUCGGUGAGGUUUCAGUGCUGGAAAUUGCCGGCAAUCGCACGGGAAAUCGACGUACGGCCAAUGUGCGUUCCCUCGGCUACUCGGAUCUCUUCUGUCUGGCCAAGCGGGAUCUGUGGGAGACCCUCUCCGAUUAUCCCGAGGCGCGUUCCACGCUCACACAACGCGGUUGCCAGCUGCUCCGUAAGGACGGACUGCUCGACGAGCAGAUAUUUGCGGAUUCGCAGCGCGUGCAUGAUAGCAUUGAGGGUGGCAUUGAGAAACUGGAGGUGUCCGUGGAGAACCUCAACAUGCGACUGGCGCGCCUUUUGGCCGAGUACACGGCCAGCCAGGCCAAAAUCAAGCAGCGUCUGGCCAAGCUGGAGCUCAAUGGCGGAGGUCAAGGUGGCGCGGGGGGCAGAGAGGAUGAACCCCAGAUGCGUGCACGCAGCGGUCGCCUCUAUUCGCUGCAGACCAAAAGGCGCCCACGUGCGCGUCUCGAAGCGGCGUCCAAAAGCGGCGAGGCCGCCAAGCAGCAUACGCUUUAAGGGGGGAAAGAGAGGGGAGAGAAGGCGCCCAAGCAGAGUCAGGGACAGAGAGACAGAGACAGAGACAGCACAUGGCGACAUUCCAAACAUAUUGUUGCUAACAAAAAAAAAAAAAAAAAAAAACUAGUGAUAAAUGCAAACAACUUGAGGGAGUUUAAAAAAAAUAAAAAUUUCCAGGGUAUGCAGCGGGGGAACUCGGUUGGGCGCCAGUUAGACGCGCAUGUAAAUCAAUUUUUAAUUUUUUACAAUUAGUUUUUAGCAAGCAAGUAAAAUGUUUGUGCGACUUUUCAUUUUAUUUUCAGUUUUUUUGUAAGCGCAACUUUAUAAAUUUAUAAAAUGAUUCAAAACUGAAUGUGCCUCAAAGUGUGUAAAAGUAGAUUAAAAAAUCGAGGAAAAAAUGAAGGGCUUGGGGGGAGAUAGAAAACUGGCCAAAUUUCAGCCCGUAAAUAUAAAAAGUUGUAAAUAAGCUGAGUGUAAAACAUUGUGAAUGCAAAAAACUCGGCCAUAGUCCAAUUUUAUAAGCUAAAGAAAACCAUUUUAUUUUUCUAAAAUAAAAAAAACGUUUGAUAAACUUACAGCACAGCUAAGGUCCAACUACAACUUAAUUAUAUAAGCAAAGCACUUAGAAAAUCUAAAAACAACUAAAGCAGCCACCAAGAGACAUUUGCUGAAAUAGAAAUGGAAAAAACUAUAUAUAAAAAAAUAAAUGAAAAAAAAAAAUUCCUAUUUGUCAUACAUGAAUGCAACUCGUUUGAUUUUGUGCUGCAAAUGCAGAAAAUAACAGAAAAGUGAGUUCCUCGCUAAUCUUAGUUUUAUUUCUAACCAUAAAAAUAAAUACAUAUAUAUAUAUUUGUGGAUAUAUGUGCAUAGGGGGAGAUAGUAAUAAAAAAUCAUGUUAACAUUUUUUCAAGUCAGCGAAUUGUAAUUGUAAUUUCAGUGUUAAGAGCAAAACGCUUCCAAAGCCAAAAUUGAAGAACAAAUUGUAAACACACACACACACACACACACAAGUUGAAAACUGUAUUUUUAUAUUAGCCUAAUAAAUGUACGAGAAUUGUAUAUGUAAGCAUAACUAUAAAUAAAUUGUAAAAAAAAAA